UCUUAAAUAUUUUAAAUUGUGGUUCCAUCUAUCAAUAUGUGUACAAAAUUGGGUUACAGAGAAUGAGAUUUUUGUGACAGUUGAGGAAAAUAAGGAUUAAAGGAAUUGGAAAUAAUUUUUAUUCAAUUCAAUCAUGGAUAAUAUUUCAAUACAAGCAGAAGAAAUGGAAACUCUCAAAUCAAUUUUUGAGGAUCAGUGGCAAAUCGAUAGUAAAACAGGAAUUUGCAGUAUUGAUAUUACCAAGGAAGUAACAUUAUUCAUAACUCUCACUCCUGAUUAUCCCUCCGAUGGUUUACCAAAAUAUGAACUACUAGCUCCAGAACUGAAGCUUUCUCAGAAAAAAGCAAUUGAAGCAAAGUUUCAAAGCUUAUAUGAAAAUGAGGGAGGAGGUCCACUUAUUUAUCAGAUGAUAAUGUCAGUUGAUAGCAUUGUAAAACAGAACAAAGAGCAUAAAGAGGUAAAACCGCCUCAUCAGGAAUCUCCAGCGAAAGAAAAUAUAAAUGAACCUGUUUGUACCAAUGAACUGAAGAUUUUUCAUGGACCAAUUAUCACAGACAGAAAAAGUGUUUUCCAGGGUCAUGUAUGUACUGUGAAGAAUAAAGACGAUGUUAGAUGUUUCAUGGAGUUGCUUUUACAAAAUAGGAAAAUUGCUCAAGCUACUCACAAUAUUUCAGCAUAUAGGAUCGUGUUGCCAAAUAAUAUAAUAUUACAGGAUUGUGACGAUGAUGGAGAGAAUAGAGCUUCUUCCAGACUUCUGGAAUUGAUUCAAACUAUGAAAUUAUGUGAUGUAAUGGUUGUUGUUUCUAGAUGGUAUGGCGGAAUCCAGUUGGGUCCUGAUCGAUUUCGACAUAUAACUAAUGCUGCAAGACAAGCAUUUCUGGAAGCUGGACUUGCAAAAUCAUGAACAUGAUAUUGAAUUUUUAAUGUAUAUCAAUUCCACAAAGUAUAUUUUUAUUCAUUUAUUAA